AGGAAGGAUCAGAGUGUGUUGUUGAGAACGUCCUCUGCUGUCACGGAACAUACUUCAGUCUGUUUUGGCAACAGGACACACAUGUUGGCUGCUAUAGCUGAUGUCAUGGCCUGGGGAGAGUCACUCGACCAACUGCUAGAGUGUAAAACAGGCCAGCUGGUGUUUGAGAACUUCCUGAAAACAGAAUACAGUGAGGAGAACCUUUCCUUUUGGCUGGCCUGCGAGAACUACAAGAAAAUCACCAGUGAGGCAGAAAUGACAGACGCCGCCAACGGGAUCUACGCGGAGUUUGUCCGGGUCGAUGCUCUGAGACAGAUAAAUAUUGACUGUGUGACAAGAGAAGAAAUCAGCCGGAAUCUCUCUCAGCCGGGGCCAGAUUGCUUUGACAGCGCGCAGAGACUGAUAUACAGCCUGAUGGAAAAUGACUGUUAUCCACGAUUUCUGAAAUCCGAAAUCUACCAAGCUCUCCAGGAACAGGCAGAGCAAGCCAUGAAAGCAACUUGAGGAAAUAGAGCUCGGCCCGACGCGUCUCCAAAUGACUGACUCUGCUCUUCUGUGGACUCUCCUUAGAAUUUCAGUUCUAACACAAAACGGCUUGGCUGUGUGAAAUGAAGCAGAAGUGAAAGGAGAUACAGAGCCGUCGGUACGGGGGAUUGACAGGAUGUUAUAGUCAGACAUUAUCUAAAUAAUGUAUGAAGCAGCUUUUUUCCUUGCUAUCAUUGCCUUAUAUUGCACACAGACACCUAUAAUUCAGUCGAAGUCUGACAUCAUGUUCGGAAAGUUUGACGUUUAUUUUGAAUGACACGUUUCAAGGGUGAAUUGAGUGUAAUGUGUGGCACAGACGAGUCCAUCGUACCCCGUGUUUUGAAAAUUGAUCUCAUGCAGAAAAACCCGUCAAUAUUUAUACUGCUGUCAACCGAGUAAUGGUGUGUUUCCUCUACACUUAUCACUUAUUCUGUUUUGAUACAUCAGGAAAUCUGUGUAUAUCUUCUGAUAUACAGAAUAAUACAGAAAUGUGUGUUCUUAUCUGGGAGGGUUCCCUGAAUAACCUAUGACGAGCACUGUAUUAAGUCUGUGAAUCACUGCCCGUGUCAUUUUGUUUUCAGUGGAUCACACAACAGAACGACUGCAGUUACUUUUUCUGUGUAUGUUAUCUUAAAAAAAAAAACACUUUUCGGCAAAUGGUAUAAGUUAAUGAUCACGAAUGAUCAUGAAAUAUUCCCCACUAUUGGGACACAUUCCUGUAAAUGUAUAUAUUGUUUUUGUAAAUUACAGAUUAGGAAUUGAAUCAAGACAAGGCUGUCACCAGGAAUUUCUUCUUCAAAAAAAAAGCAGUAUAUUGAGCCUCUGAAACCAUGUAUACAUUGUAGAACUGUGGACAUUUCUAAACUGGCUAUUAAACCCAGUGAAAUUAAAUGGUUACUUGGUCAGCAGACAGU